AUGGAUCCUCUGUCAAUCGUCGCUAGUAUCGCAGGUAUCGCAACCGCAGGCGCAUCACUCUCAAAAGCGAUAUACCAUUUCAUCUCCUCGACGCGCGGUGCCUCGCGUGAGAUGGUAGACAUUGCUCGCAAUAUCUCCGAUCUAUCUUGCAUCCUCUCGGAACUUCGCCGUGUACUUCAAGAGAGCGCCGAACUGUGUAGUCGCAAACUUCUCUACCGGAUAAAGUCGGCAACGCGGCGUAUUUACGCGAUACAUGAUGAUAUCUAUGCGCUUAUGGAUAAUACCAGGGGCUUUCAAACGUUCAGAUGGAGCCUGAAGCGGUCAGAAGUGCAGUACAAGCUUACCCUGAUUGAGAGCCAUAAAACUGCUAUUCAGUUGAUGCUCAACAUUCUGAUCCUUGCAGUGGCAACUAGAAAGGAAGCACAAUCUCAAGCCACUCAGACAGCUUCGACAACCACAUCCAGGCAGAAAGAUUCAGAAUCAGAGUUACCUGUACUUCGCCAGCAGUCAGAGAACAUCGCCUACGCAGCCUGUCAUCGUCUAGCUGAUCUCUCGGAAAACCAAGCGUUUGACGCAAGCUAUUUACCAAAACACUCCAAGGCCGAUUCCGGGAGCGAUAAUGACGAUGCGAAAGGGCAGAGUCUGGUCCACGAACAGGGGGAAUCUGACAGCACAGGCCAAUGGCUCUUUGAACUUGCUUUUGAAACUUAUUCCACGACGAGUCAAGGUCAAGAAAGUGACAUCGGGAAGGGAUCUGAGGGAUCGGAAUCCUGCGAUCAGGCUCUAGUAUUCCGAACGCCGUCUGAAGUACAGAUCGCGAUCUACGAGCCCGGAGCGGGUGCAAAUCUUGUUGACAUCCUCCUCUCGGACUGGACAUCCCUGUCCAGCGAGGAGAUCACUGGAACCCACAUCCACAAACCUGGAACAGAAGAAACUAAACCCAGUAGUCCUGCUCCCGCAAAGGAAGAUGUUGCUGUCAUCCGUUUCAAGGAUGCAGUUGGUCGAAAGUUCACAUUUCCAUACCAUCUUGUUCAGAGAUGGGAGGGCAUGGAAGACAUGAUCAAAGAAGCAUUCAUGCGUGUCGAUGUUCUAUAUCCACAUAUCCUUGAACGUCACUAUGAUCUCACCGGUUCCGACGGCAACACGAUACAUCCACUAAAGUGGGAAAGCACCGUAGAGCCAGGAAUGCAAGUUGUAAUGACUAUGUGGCCUAUGGUCAGUACCGAGAAGCAGAAAUCGAAUCUUGAAAGAAAGAAGCUCAAGGUCCCUGUGAGAAGACGGGAGAAGAUUGAAUCAAAAAAAUAA